AUGGAGAUUAAAGAAGAUACGAAUGAGAAUAAUGAAAAUGAUGACACUGUCAUUGAUAUUGAAGAUCAAAAUGUCUGCGGUGAUAGUGCUGAGAGUGAUGAUGAUGGUUCAAACUGUACUGAUUGUAAUGUUACAGAAUCUGAAGAAUCGCUUGAAGACUUGUCAAUUGUAGAGUUCAAUAGCAAUGAAAUAAAAGAAAGAUUUAUUAAUUUUACUACAUCCUUUCCUAAAAUGUCAACUGCUUCAAGGUUGAUUUGUAACAACAUAAAAAACACAAAUCUUUUUCCUGAAGAUUUGCUCUCAAAUG